ACCGCGGCUUUCGUUGCGCUCGAUCGCAACGUACUAAUCCCACCAACAGCAGAGGAGGAGCAUCGCAUCUGCUCCCUCUCUCUCUCUCGCUUCCUCCCCGUCGACGAGUGAUCGGUCCGUCCGGCCGGGCCGGCAAGAUGAUCUCCCCUGACGCGGCGCGCAACGUGGUCGGCAUCAUCGGCAAUGUCAUCUCCUUCGGCCUCUUCCUCUCCCCCGUGCCCACGUUCUGGAGGAUCUGCAAGAGGAAGGACGUGGAGGAGUUCAAGGCGGACCCGUACCUGGCGACGCUGCUCAACUGCAUGCUCUGGGUGUUCUACGGCCUCCCCAUCGUCCACCCCAACAGCAUCCUCGUCGUCACCAUCAACGGCGUCGGCCUCGUCGUCGAGGGCAUCUACCUCAUCAUCUUCUUCCUCUACUCCCCCAACAAGAAGCGCCUGAGGAUGAUGGCGGUGCUGGCCGUGGAGGCGGUGUUCAUGGUGGCGGUGGUGCUGGGCGUGCUGAUGGGCGCUCACACCCACGAGAAGCGCUCCAUGAUCGUCGGCAUCCUCUGCGUCUUCUUCGGCUCCAUCAUGUACUUCUCCCCGCUCACCAUCAUGGGUAAAGUGAUAAAGACGAAGAGCGUGGAGUACAUGCCCUUCUUCCUGUCGCUGGUGUGCUUCCUCAACGGCGUGUGCUGGACGGCCUACGCGCUCAUCCGCUUCGACCUCUACGUGACCAUCCCCAACAGCCUCGGCGCCCUCUUCGGCGCCGUCCAGCUCAUCCUCUACGCCUGCUACUACAAGAGCACCCCCAAGAAGCAGGCCACCAAGGACGUGGAGCUGCCCACCGUCGUCUCCGGCCCCGGCGCGGCGGCGGGAGCCAACGCCGCCGCCGGCAACAUCUCCGUAACCGUCGAGCGAUAAGGAGAGAGAGAUUAAACAGGCUUUAGUAGCCAAUAGCUUAAUUAAUCCGUUUCUAGCUCUUCUUUUUCGUCCCUUUCGGGUGUGAAACUGAGUGGUGGUUUUCAGGUCGAUCUGAGUGAGACUAAUAACUAAUAAGUACCCCUAAUUUUUAGUUUUAUGAGACCGUUUGCUUAUCUU